AUUCACAAAUGUUAUGUCCAUCUUAAAUUCUAUGAAGCUUAGCUAUAUAUUUAACUUAGCUUAUUCCUAAAUUAUUGUUGAAAGAUCAUUCUAUAAUUGAAGUUUCUAAGCGAAUUUAAAUGGAUAUUUACCUACUAAAAGCAUUCCCAUGACAUAAAAUCUCUUAGUUUCCAUAAUAAAACUUCUCAAGAAAACUAUUUCUUUAUACUCCAUAGAGAUCACGAUUGGAGGUAAAAAGUAUUUUUGAGUAUAUAUCAAAUCAAGUUGUAAAACUCGAAAGAGAGAAAUGUACUUUUAUAUUCUCGGGCUGCGAGUUGUAAUUAAGGCUAUACUUGAUUCAUUGUAAGGAUGUGAUGAGAGUUAGGUGCGGCUAGUAGGGAAUAUCAAGCCAAUUAACAAAAAAAGUCGUCGGAAACGACGUCGCAUAUUUACCGAAACCCUAACAAUAUCCACUUAGUGAUUAAGAAUAAAAAGUUGAGGACACCAAAUAGUUUUCUAACAGCUUCGGCAUGAGAUAAAGCAAGAGAUUUUGACAAAUUGAACACAAAAUUUUGAGUGUUAUGAAAUAUGACGUCACGUUAGUAGCAUUUCUCUAAGAAAUUAAGAAACAUGCUAUAAUGAGAAAGCAUUUCAAAAUGUGAAGAAGCGAAUAGCAGAAGAGCAGCUUAUAAAGCUUCUUUAUAUAAUAUAUUAUAUAUUCAUAAGACAUAUCCAUGGCAAAUUACAACCGGUAUUUUACACUGCUACCCUAUGCCAACAGCGCUUAGUGAAGAAGCAAACAAACCAUAUAAACAAUUCGGAAAACAGUCGCGAUUCAACAUUGUACCGUGUCUCGCGCAGAGCGCGCACCACAGUGAACCAAUACGCGCAAUAGACGGCCCCAAACUUCGAAAACUAAAAGCUAGAAGGAAUUAUAAAAAAGUCACCUAGAUAAAAUAUAUAAUAUAAAUAUAAAGAAUUUAUAGAAAAAAUAAUAACAAAAAAAAACUGUGCUACAAACAACAAGAGCAACAGUAAAAGCGGUGUGUCUGCAUACCUGCGCUUCAAAAUGCCCCAAACCAACUCCCAAAAUGCGGCCGACAGCAUUGAGCAAAAGCUUCUCGGAAUUCUUGCUGCUCAAGAUCUGGGCGAUAUAACGCAGGAGCUGUGCGAUUUCUCACUUGAAGAACAAAAUGCCACAGCCGAAGCGCAGGGCAUACAACCAAGCGCCUCCGCAGAUUACAUACCUUUGCUAGGCAAAUCGGUUACAUACAUAGUCGCUUGCGUAUUGUUUAACGAGAGGGAUGAGGUGCUCAUGAUGCAAGAGGCUAAGCAAUCAUGUGCCGGCAAAUGGUAUCUCCCAGCUGGGCGCAUGGAAAAGGGCGAGACCAUAUGUGAGGCUGCUGUGCGUGAGGUUUAUGAGGAGACCGGUCUAAAUGUGGAUAUCACAACACUUUUAGCCAUCGAAGUGGCAGGUGGUUCAUGGUUCCGUUUUGUGCUCACGGGUCGCGUCACAGGCGGUCAGUUAAAGACACCCGCUCAGGCGGAUAACGAGUCAUUGCAGGCGAAAUGGAUCGCCAAACUCUCCGAAUUGCCGCUACGCGCUAAUGAUAUUAUAAAUCUAAUCGACAUUGGACGCUCGUAUAAUGAACGCAACUCGUCACCGCAGGCGCCACCCUAUCAUCCAGAUGUUUUGCCAACAAAGUACUCACAUCACAAAAAUUAUUUGCGUGUCGUCGCGGUGAUACGCAAACGUGCCACUAAUUCGUUAAAUGUACUUGUUAGUGAAAAGAAUGUACAUCAUUUCCCCACGGUCGAGGUGCAUCCACAGCGCAGUCUUCAUUCGACGCUACGCAAAUUUAUGAUCGAGCUAUUCGGCGCCGAAUUGCCACAACAUCGGCCACACGGCAUACUCAGCGUCGAACAUUGUCCCUCGCCAAUGCCAUACACGAGCGAUGGUAUUUGCCUGAAUGUGUUGGUGGUAUUUCGACCGCCAUUGGAGGAAGUGGCGCUUAUUGGCAAAUGUACAUGGCAUGAGUUGAGUCGUCCGCUCGAGGAGAAAUUGGGGCGCAUACUGUCGAGCAAACAUUCCACAAUACCGUUGAAUGUUAUACGAUAAACAGAUUUGUUUGUGUGUUUGGGGUUGUGUUUGUAGUCUGAAUUCGGGAAGUGCAAGUGAACAGGAUUCAACAAAGAACAAAUUCAAUAAUUAGGAGUGAUCUAAUUAAAAUGAGAUAAAUUACAAAAUCAAAAUGCUUAGUGAAAUCUAAAGAGCUACAGUGCUGCGCUACAACUUAUACUACUUAUUU